AGAUGGCGGUGGUUGACAAAGUGGAGGCCUUCCUCCGGCGCGAGCACUGGAUCACAACAUGGGCGGCGUUCUGGCUGGACCUGUUCAACGGGCUGGCGGUCUCGAUGGCGAUGCUGCCUGAGUCGAUUGCCUUCAGUAUCAUUGCGGGAGUCAACCCGCUCAUCGGCAUCCGGACCUCGUUCAUCAUCGGGCUCAUCACGUCUGUGUUUGGCGGGCAGCCCGGGAUGAUCUCGGGCACGACGGGCGCGCUCGCUGUCAUUCAGGCGCUCAUUGUUGAGUCGGAUGGCGAGCAGUAUCUGUAUGCGGCAACGAUUCUGCUUGGGCCGAUCCUCAUUGUGGUUGCGCUCCUCCGGGUCUCGGCUUUCAUGCAGCUAGUCUCGUUCCCGGUCUUUGUGGGCUUUGUCAACGGUCUGGCGGUGGUCAUCGGCCUCUCGCAGCUGCCCAACUUUGAGGACGACGAUGGGAGCUACGUGAGCGGGAGCAAGCUGGCAUUGACGCUGAUGCACUGCGCAAUUGCCUUUGCCAUUGUCAUGCUCUUUCCGUUUGUCACGAAGCGGUUCCCUGCGACGCUGGUCGCCAUUCUCAGCGCGCUCUUCAUCGAGCAUGUGUUUGAGCUGGGGACGCGGCAGGUGGGCGACAUCACGCCUGUCUCGGGCGACCUGCCUUCGUUUGGCCUCCCGGACGUAGAGUACACGUGGGACACGUUUGUGCUUAUUCUCCCGCACUCUUUGCGGUAUGCAGCGGUCAUCUUUGUGGAGGGCAUCAUGACGGCCAACAUUGUGGGCAUGAUUGUCAAACGGCGGUCGAACGACAUGCGCGAGCUGACGGCGCAGGGCGUGGCCAACAUUGUAGCCGGCUUUCUGGGCUCGAUGGGCGGCGACCCGCUUGUGGGCCAGUCCCUCAUCAACGUUCUGGGCGGCUCGUCGGGCAGGCUCUCGGGCUUUGUCUCGUCGCUCCUGCUCCUGGCCUCGAUGCUGUUUGCGCACCCGGUUGUGGAGCGCAUUCCGCUCGGCGGCCUUGCCGGCAUCAUGUUUGGCGUUGUUGUCCACACCUGGCAUCUUCGGACUGCGGAUCUCUUUGUCAACCGCCGUGUGCCGACGACCGACCUCGUCAUCAUUGCCGUUGUUACCCUCGUCACCAUCUUUGUCGACGUUGCCAUUGGCAUCUUCUGCGGUGUCGUUCUCUCGGCGCUCAUCUACGCGUGGCACUCGACCCGCGAGCUGAAGGCCUCGGUUCAGGUCUCCAAGUCGAGCCUCACCGGCGGGCCUGUUGCCCACAUCUCCAUUCUUGGGCCCAUGUUCUUCGGCUCGGGCCGCGCCCUCCACCAGCGCAUCGUCGACCUCGAGCUGGAGCAGCACACCGAGCUGGAGCACGUCAUUAUCGACCUCACCCACGCCGCUGUCCACGACGUCACCGCCCUCACUGCGCUCAACGAGGUGGCCAUCCAGUUCCUUCGGACCCAGCAGUUCCUCCAUGUCCGCUCUAUCCGCGCCGCAGCUGAGAAGCUUGUCUCGCGUGGCCACACGCUCAUGCCCGACAUCAUGGACGACUCGCCGGCGGGCGUCGGCCUCUGGCGUGUCGACAUUGCCCAGCGCCACUGUGUCUGCGCCGUCUCGGGUCACGCCAUCCUCCCCGGCGAUCUCCGUAUGGGAUGCACCGCCUACGAUGCCGACGAGAAGAUCAACGUCUACUUGUGGAUUCAUGUCGACGAUCCCGAGACCCGCCGCAAGCUCCGCCAUGCCCGUGCCCACCCGACCUCGCUCUUUGCGUGCUGCCCGGGAACGGCUGAGGACAUCGACUCGCUCUCGUACGACCGCUCGGCCCGUCGUCGCACACCGACGAGGAGUCGGCCCCUUCGUCCGACGAUUCGUCGCGCUACUCGGCCACCGCCGUCCGCCUCGGCACCACCCUCGGCGACCUUACCGAGCACACCAUUGUUACCCCCAUGGGCUCGUGGAUUGACUCGGUCCCGCACGCCUCCGAGUUUGACGGCUUCCUCACUCUGCCCAAGGCCGAGCGUAAGCGCUUCCUUGGCGUCAUCUCGGGCGCCCGCUCCCACCGCGGCGACUCGCACACCGAGUGGCUCCGCUUUGCCUCGCGCCUUGUUGCUUUCCGCUGCUGCGGCCCGGCACCGCGCGAGACCAAGCCGCUCCUGGCUCCGCACCUCACCGAGACCGGCGCGCCCUCGAUGUCCUCUCUCACCUCAUCCUCGUCGUCCGGCAACUCGUUCACCACACGCUACUCGACCGCCUCGUACUCUGCUUCGUCGUCAUCGUGAGCCGACUCUGCCGUGGUAAAACUACGCUGUGUUA